GGCGUCUCCGGGCUUCACGGAGCGCCACGCUGAGCCGCCGCGUCCGGUUCCCCGCGUCCGCCGUCGUCGCCAGCCCGCCGAGCCCGGCGUCCCGCGCGUCUGGGCAGCGCGGAGCCGCCGCCAUGAAGCCGGCGAGAACUAAGACACCUAGGAAACUACCAGUGAAAAAAGGAUCCCAGACAAGUCUGAAGGACCCCGUCGGGGUGUACUGUAGGGUGCGCCCGCUGAGCAUUCCCGAUCAAGAGUGCUGCAUAGAGGUGAUCAGUAGCACAACCGUUCAGCUUCACACCCCUGAGGGCUAUAGACUCAACCGAAAUGGAGACUAUAAGGAGACUCAGUACUCCUUUAAGCAAGUAUUUGGCACUCAUACCACCCAAAAGGAGCUCUUUGAUGCUGUGGCUAACCCCCUGGUCGAGGACCUUAUCCAUGGCAAAAAUGGUCUCCUCUUCACAUACGGUGUGACGGGAAGUGGGAAAACCCACACCAUGACUGGGUCUCCAGGGGAAGGAGGACUCCUUCCGCGCUGUCUGGACAUGAUCUUCAACAGCGUGGGGUCGCUGCAAGCCAAACGAUACGUCUUCAAGUCUAAUGACAGGAACAGCAUGGACAUACAGUGUGAAGUCGACGCCUUACUAGAGCGGCAGAAGAGAGAAGCCACGCCCAACCCAAAGACCCCCUCUAGCAAACGACAAGUAGAUCCAGAGUUUGCAGAUAUGAUAAAUGUACAAGAAUUCUGCAAAGCACAAGACGUUGAUGAAGACAGUGUCUACGGUGUAUUUGUCUCUUAUAUUGAAAUAUACAAUAAUUACAUAUAUGAUCUCUUGGAGGAGGCGCUGUUUGACCCCAUAAAGCCUAAGUGGAACAGCUGCAGCACGCCCAUGAGGAGCACGGAUUUUGUGCCUCCACAGUCCAAACUGCUCCGGGAGGACAAGAACCAUAACAUGUACGUUGCAGGGUGCACAGAAGUCGAGGUGAAAUCCACCGAGGAGGCUUUUGAAGUCUUCUGGAGAGGCCAGAAAAAGCGACGAAUUGCUAACACACAUCUGAAUCGUGAGUCCAGCCGUUCCCACAGCGUGUUCAACAUUAAGUUAGUUCAGGCUCCCUUGGAUGCAGAUGGAGACAAUGUCUUACAGGAAAAAGAACAAAUCACUAUAAGCCAGCUGUCCCUGGUGGAUCUCGCUGGGAGUGAGAGAACUAACCGGACAAAAGCGGAAGGGAACAGACUACGCGAGGCCGGUAACAUUAAUCAGUCACUGAUGACGCUGAGAACGUGUAUGGAGGUGCUGAGAGAGAACCAGAUGUACGGGACCAACAAGAUGGUCCCGUACCGAGACUCAAAGCUGACCCACCUGUUCAAGAACUACUUUGAUGGGGAAGGAAAAGUGCGCCUGAUCGUGUGUGUGAAUCCGAAGGCCGAGGACUAUGAAGAAAGCUUGCAAGUCAUGAGGUUUGCAGAAGUGACCCAGGAAGUUGAAGUCGCAAGACCAGUAGACAAGGUCAUAUGUGGUCUGACGCCGGGGAGGCGGUACCGACACCAGGCCCGCGGGGGCGCCGUUGGAGACGAACCACUGGUUUCAGAAGUGGUUUUACAGAGCUUUCCGCCGCUGCCGUCCUGUGAGAUCCUGGAUGUCAAUGACGAGCAGACUCUCCCCCGGCUGAUCGAAGCGCUAGAGAAGCGGCACCGCCUGCGGCAGAUGAUGGCCGACGAGUUUAGCAGACAGGCUAUUGCUUUUAAAGCUUUGUUGCAAGAAUUUGACAAUGCUGUUUUAAAUAAAGAAAACUACAUUCAAGGAAAACUCAAUGAAAAAGAAAAGGUGAUCUCAGGACAGAAAUUGGAAAUAGAACAACUGGAGAAGAAAAACAAAACUUUAGAGUAUAAGAUGGAGGUUCUGGAGAAGACCGCGGCCAUCUACGAGGAGGACCAGCGCGCGCUGCAGCAGCGGCUGGAGGCCCAGGGCCAGCGGCUCCAGCGGCAGCUUUCCGACAAGCGCAGGCUGGAGGCCCGGCUGCAGGGCAUGGUGACCGAGACCUCCAUGAAGUGGGAGAAGGAAUGCGAGCGGCGGGUGGCGGCCAAACAGCUGGAGAUGCAGAAUAAACUCUGGGUGAAAGACGAGAAGCUGAAGCAGCUAAAGGCCAUUGUUACUGAGCCCAAAAGCGACAAGCCGGAGAGGCCGUCUCGGGAGCGGGAUCGAGAGAAGGUGACUCCGAGGUCCGCUUCCCCACCCCCCGUCCCGCUUUCUAGUAACCAUAUUGCUCAGGUUCCCAACGGCCAGCAGCUCAUGAGCCAGCCCCAGCGGCACAGGCGCUCUAACUCCUGCAGCAGCAUUUCUGUAGCUUCCUGUGUUUCCGAGUGGGAGCAGAAAAUGCCUCCGUACAGCUCACCUCUCGGUGCCACGUCCAUUGCAAGGCGUAGGCAGCAGGAGCCAGGACAGAGCAAAGCCUGUGUCGUGUCAGACAGAAGGCGAGGGAUGUGCUGGACUGAAGGCAGGGAGGUGGUCCCUUCACUCAGGACCGAGACAGAAGUAGAAGAGGACCGCUGCCGCGGGAACGCACCACCAAUUCGUCUGAGACACAGACGGUCGCGCUCCGCAGGAGACAGAUGGGUAGAUCAUAAGCCCGCCUCUAACGUGCAGACUGAGACAGUCAUGCAGCCACAUGUCCCUCAUGCCAUCACUGUGUCUGUUCCAAGUGAAAAGGCCCUAGCUAAGUGUGAGAAGUACAUGCUGACCCACCAGGAACUAGCCUCCGAUGGGGAGAUUGAAACUAAGUUAAUUAAGGGUGAUGUUUUUAAAACAAGGGGUGGUGGACAAUCCGUCCAGUUUACUGAUAUUGAGACUGUAAAACAAGAAUCACCAACUGGUCGGAAACGCAGAUCUUCCACAGCAGCGCCAGCCCAGCCCGACGGGACGGAGUCUGAGUGGACUGACGUGGAGACAAGGUGCUCUGUGGCUGUAGAGAUGAGAGCAGGAUCUCAGCUAGGGCCCGGGUACCAGCACCACGCACAGCCCAAGCGCAAGAAGCCAUGAGCUGACCAAGGCUAAAUGACGAAAGAACACUUUGGUCUGUGUUGGUGAUUGCUCCCGAGUGGUGAUGCAGAACUCCAGCUUCGCUGAACAUCACAGACCUCAGACGCAUGGUGCACGGGCCCGCAGCAAAGACCCCCCACGGCUCCAAAGAUGCCUAGGAUUCUACAAACUCUCUAUUACAUGCCUUUCCAUAUUUAAAAUAUUAAUAGCACAGAAAGACCCUCUUCUCCUUGCCGUAUGAACUUUUUUAUAAUGCUGAUUUUUGGUGUAUUAUGUACCUAUGAGCUAAUGCAUGCGCGUGUCUGUCUUGAGUGAUUAAGGAAGAAGGCGUCUAGAUCACGCUUUUCACUGUGCCUUUUCCACUUCCUGCCUGAAUGUUACGGUUUAUAAGCAAACAGAAGCUGCUGAUUGGCCGCAAGAAUGCACUUUAGAUCCUUGACAAUUCAAACUCCAAAAGCUGUCAGACCGGCCAAUACUAGAACCAUUUUAGGAAGUUGGUUUGAAUUUUGUAUGUAUGUACUUCUGACAUUUAGAUACAAGAAAUACAAAGCUGCACGACCGUAAUGUAACACACAGCCGGCCCCGCUCCGGGCCGCUGUCACGGGGGACCCGGCUCCAGCGCGCGGGUGUGGCUGCGCCCCUGCUGAGAACCGGACCCCCCCACCAAGCCCAGCAUGGCUCUGUGUGCCACACCCUGGCCAGUCUGUCCUUCCUGUGUGUGUUUGACCUGGAAUCUUCCUUUUACUUCAUUCAAUUGACUUAGGGCUUCAAGAGCGGUCUAAAAAUUUUCAGGUAUGAAAAAUCUUAAUUACUGAUAUACUUAACUUAUAUGUAGAUAAAAGUAGGGGGUGAUGUCAGCUUCAUGGCAGUGAGUUCUUUUUCUCUCCCCUUUUAUUUACAACCAAUUAGUCAUUCUUAACUGAACAGAAGCGUCUCUCCAUGACACCAGAACAUCCAAAGAUUUCCCCCGAGAGAUGCUUCAGAAGUAGGUGGGCAGGACCUGGGAGGAAGGCGGAGGGGAGUGCAAAGUGGGGUGGGCGGGGAGAGGGAACACCUGCGGGUCCGGCCAGCCCGACGGGGGACCCAGGCACCCUCGGAGUGGAGCGGGACAGAGACCGGCUUCCACUGCCAGCGAGGAUGGCUGCCUCCCUCGGUCUAAAGUGACCGGCUGACCACACGCCGCGAGGCCUCUCCGGCAGCGGGGACCUGGCCUGCCGGGAAGGAGGGGAAGAGGCGAGGUGGACAAGGGCAGAGGGCGUGGAGGGUCUGGUCCCCUGCUGCCUGCCCUGGAUUUCAGCAGGAGGGCCGUGCACGACCCUCCGGGGAUAACCGAGGUGGAUCCCCCUGCCGGGCCGCAGGGGCCAAGCCGUACCCUGCAUCCCCGCAUCGCGCGGCCAGCCUUCUCACAGGUGCUCCCUGGGGCACCUGCGGCAGCGCAGGUGGAGAAACCGAGACGUGAGCCACGGCGCCACCUUCUGGAGAACAAAAGAAGGGCUCCUGCUGUGACAGCAAACGACUAAUACGACGCCUACUUCAGACGCAUCAGCAGAGGGCGCUGCACCCCGGUGAUCACACCGAAAUACAUGGUUGCACAAAGGCACAGAAUACUUCGAUCUGGUAAAGAAUGAAAAACAUUUGUCACAAGGAGGUUUGAUGAGCCACAAGAAAACUCAAAGGCAAUUUCGUGAACUUAGGAAUAAAAUUACUGAACAGAAUGUGUUCCUUACCAAACAAAUUUAAAAAAAAAAGACAUUCUGGAGCUGAAGUCAAUGAAAUGAAGAAACGGCCUAAGGAAUGAGUGACGUGGAGGGUAGGAAUUUAGCAAUGAUGCUGGAGGAGAGAACUGGGAUUUUUAAACAGUGGACAAGCCCUCUUAUAAGAGGCUGCAAAGACGACGAGACAAAAGUAUCAGAGGAAGGGUCUACCAGAAGGAGCGGGGAGCGCGCACUGAAGACAGAGCAGCUGAGAGCCUCCCAGGCCCGGGGGGAGGGGAGCUGGGCAGCCGAGGCCAAGGAGCUAACGGAACAUCCUGUUACCUCGGUGCACACAGACCUCCGAGGCACACUGCAACGAACUGUCAGAAGUCAACGGCAAACAGUCUCCAAGGCAGCCAGGGGGCAGGGGAGGGGAGGACGGCACCUCCAAAGGAGCCCUCACAAGGCUCUCCGUGGGUUUCUCAGCAGGAAUUCUACAGGCCAGGAGACAGGAGGAUGACGCACUCAAAGUGCUGAAAGAUAAACGUGGCCAGCCAAGAACACCUGGCCCAGCAGAGCUGACCUCCAGUUACGAAGGGGAAAUAAAACGGGAGGGAGUUCCCCACCACCAGACCUGCCUGGCAGGAGAUGCUGAAGGGAGUCCACCUCAAAUGGAAGGAUGCUAAUUAACGAUAUAAAAACAGAUGAAAGUACACAAUACUCUAGCUAUGGCAAAAAAAAAAAAAUUAGAAAACUGUAACUGUAUUAGAAUGGAGUUAUAAUUAUAUGGUAAAAGCUUAAGGAAAAGAAUAUUAAAAGUAACUGUAGCUACUGUAAUUUCUCAACAAGCUCACAGCAUAAAAGUAAAUUGUGACAUCAGAAACAUGACGGGAGGAGUACACCGGCGAAUGAAAACACGGCGCUAUCAGCAUGGAAAGGGUCGCUGUACCCGUGAGGUGCAUGGUGUGAGCCACAUGGCAACCACAAAGUAAGCCUAGAGUCACGGAACAGUAAAAAAAAAAAAAAAGGGUGGGGGG